UAGCAGUGCCCUGUCUAAAGAUGUAUGGGCCCUAGCUGUCAAACUCGUUAUCAGAUAAAAAGUAAGACUGCUUCGUCUAGGAUGAAAUGAAUACUCAACGCUGUUAGGACGUUUCGUUAAUCUGUGGAGCAAGCGGCGCCUGCGCAGAUGUGUGUUCGCCCGCUGUUUAGUGUUGUCGUCAUAAAGAGAUUCUCCUCUGGUGGCUGCAGACUCGCUCCGCUCACCCAAUCGCUUACAACGGCAGAACUAGAGGGCUGAUCAGACAGGCACCCAACAUGCUCGAUGUUACAUCCUUCAACGACCUCGACUUUACAGCUCAAUAAAGGAAUAUUUUUGACCCAUCUGAAUCGACUUCCUUGGAUUUAUGACGAAUGCACAGCAAGGACUUAAUCAACUUUAAGCAGAAUGCGUUGGAACUAUCCCUAGCUCAUGCAUCGAUUGAAUUAUUCGCGUGCCAUUGACUGAGGCAGUGUUAGUGCAUGAUAUCAAACGGGGAUGAGGCAUUUCGGCGAGGCCAUACCGACUACGCGCCGGCGACUGGAAAAAAUGAUUUAGACUGGUCAUGUCUGUCAUUAAAACUACAUGUGACCCGACAUACAACCAUCUUUGGCCAGCUAUUUAGCUGGCUAACGUCAUCAUCCGGCAUUUGUACGGGGGCAGUUGAGACUGAGUGAGUAGAGGUGUGUAGAUUGAGCUUCAGCGGUGACUACAGUGAAACCAGUGUAGUUCUGUCAUCGGCAAUUCGAUGCUCACAAAUGUGCCACAUUGUUGCAAACGUUGAUGGCGUCGUACCCAUGCGGAGCAACACGGUCAAAUGAAUGAUGUCAUGAUAUAAAGCUAGCAUUGCUAGCGAUAAGGAUUGUAGCAAUCAUUCUGCGCUAUAACCCGAUGCGUGAUGGACAUAUCUCUGAAAGGGCCAAUAUGACCGCUAUCCUUAAAUCCCUCUCUCACAUGAUGAUGUCAGAGAAGCCAAGUGAUCGGCUCUGACGGACUGAACAAAAUAACGGUUGCGGUACUGAAAUGGGCAGAUGAGACUGAGAAAAACCUGUGAUUUUGAUUGAAGAUGAUCUUCUGAGCGCGUAGCUUAGCUAAUGGCGCUAGCCUGGUAGCUAACCCGCCCGCUAAGUACCUUGGGGAUGGAAGGGUAGAUACUGAGCUAAAACGCUCAUAAACUGCUAACAUUAUCCCGCUAUCUUGAUUGGUUAGCCGGUCUUAGUCUAGCAAGUUAGCCAUCGUGUAAACGAUGAACCGUUAUUUUCAGGAAUGCAUUUCUAUAAUCGAGAUAUCGUAGUAGCCCGCUCGUAUCUCGAGAUUAAAUUGUAUCUGUUCAGGUUCCUCAAGCUGUUUAGAGGGUUCUAAGAAUACUGGAAACCACUUGCUGGUGAAUGAAUCAGGAUGACCUGCGCUGGUAAACCCAGUUAGGUCAGCAUGUUUUCUACCAUCAAAACCUUGUCCAGAUUUGCUUCAAAAUGAACUUUUCAGUUGUUUGUAGUACAUCAUACCCAUUAUGAAAUGUACAGUCCAAUAGUGAGUCAUUAUUUGUCAUUUCCCAGACAAAAUGGACGCAGGUGCUGUAACAAUUUCCAAAGCAUCUCUCACAGGGUGUCCUCCGUGUUCUUCUGGAUUAAGAACCGGGCCCCGAGAAACGUGGUUUCUGUAUUUGCAGACUGUUCCAUGUGCCAACCCGUAUGGAGAUUGAUUACUUCUAACUUAAUUAUUUAUGUUGUUGAGGUGGCGCAAAACGUUUGGAAACUUUACUAACGCAUGUUGCCGACGCUGUGCACACGUACAGUGACCUUCUUGUAACCAUCCGGUUACGUUACAGUAACCACGACUGUAACUACUGUAUUCCAUCAGCUGACAUGUUUGAUAUAGCCUAAGGACUGUUCUGAGGAGUUUACCGUGUAGGGCAGGGUGCCAACUAUGCUUGCGGCCACAUCCUUAGAAUUUGGGCGUGAAUUGAGAGCGUAGGACAGAGCAUUACGUUUUCAUCGGCUAAUGCCUAAAAGAAACAACCAAUUACACGCAUCAAGAACCCAGAGAGUGAAGACUGGUGUCCCUCCCUCAGGCAGGAAACAGCACAAUGGCAUCUCUCCUAGACCAGGCUGGGAAACUGGGCUGGAUACUUCUAAGGGCUCUGCUGCGUUUCUUCUUCAUGUUUCUGAAUAACUGCUUCGCCAUCCCUUCCUAUUGCCUCUUCCUGAUCCUGUUGCAACCCCUGAGAAUAAUGGACAGUCGUGCUUUCUGGCACAUCGAAGGAGUCAUGUUCAGAUGGUUAUUAGCCAUGGUGUCCUCCUGGGGCUGGAUCGCCGGCUACACAGUGACAGAGUGGGGGGAUGACGUGAGGCCCAUCUCAGAAGAGGAGGCCAUGGUCAUCGUCAACCACCAGUCCACCGGGGACGUAUGCACCCUCAUGAUGUGCCUACAAGACAAGGGCACGGUGGUGAGGAAGAUGAUGUGGCUGAUGGACCACGUCUUCAAAUACACAAAUUUUGGUCUGGUCUCUUUGAUCCACGGAGACUUCUUCAUUAGACAGGGCAAGGCGCACCGGGACAAGCAGCUGGUGUACCUGAAGCGGCACCUGGACCAGUUCUACCACAGCCGCGAGAGGAAGUGGAUCGUGCUCUUCCCCGAGGGCGGCUUCCUGCGCAAGCGGCGCGAGACCAGCCAGGCCUUCGCCAAGAAGAACGAGCUGCCGCACCUGGAGCACGUCACGCUGCCGCGGCUCGGCGCCACGCAGGUCAUCCUCAAGACGCUGGGCGUCCAGCAGGAGAACGGCACGCUGGGAGCCGCCGGCGACGGGCCCGCCAACAUCACCGCAGCAACGCAGACAGGGGCCAGUAAAUCUAGGCAGGGUCUUCAGUGGGUGGUGGAUGUGACCAUAGGCUACCCCAAAGCCCGGCCCAUGGACAUCCAGACGUGGAUCUUUGGCUACAGGCCUCCCACGGUCACGCACGUGCACUACAGGACCUACCCCAUAAAAGACGUGCCGGUGGAGACGGAGGCCCUGACUGAGUGGCUGUAUCAGCGCUUUGUAGAGAAGGAGGAGCUGCUGGCACACUUCUACAAGACAGGAGCGUUCCCGCCGCGGAAGGGCCAGGCGGAGGCUGUGUCGCGGCCCAUGACGCUGGACCCCGUGUGGCUGUGCGCCAUCCAGACAUGGGCCUUCGCCUCCGGAUACCUGUGGUACAGCCUGCUGCAGCACGCAUACUGCUGGCUCUUCUGAGGAGGAGAAGAGAGGAGAGAGGAGGAGGAGGAGCGGGCUGAAGAAAAGAGGAGGAGAGAGGAGAGGAGAGGACAGGAGUGUAGUGGAGGCCAGAGGAGAGGAAAUGGACCUACUACUCUACAUCCUGCUGGUUCCCCUGAAGGAGGAAGGAGAGAAGAGGAGAGAGGAGCGUUUGGACAGAGCAAGCAGGACCAGGGAACUGACUGAAUGACAUGACUAACUUGCUGCCCCCCCCGACGCCCCCUCUCCCCCCAAAACUGUGUCGUGCAGAUUCCGAUCGCACCCAGAGCUCAAAGCAGCCGAGAGAGAGUGUGUGUGGUUUGGGGGGGGUCUAUACUGUCUCUGCUGCACUGCUCUUUCCAGUCCUGUCCUGUCUUGUCCUGCCCGACCACCCCUCACCCCCUCCACCUUCCUGGAUGAAUGGUUGAAUGGACACACACACACACACACACACGCACCACUCACAGUUCCGUUUGUGUUCUCUCGACACACAUAAACUAAACGCAACACACCGAUACCGUAAGAUAAGUACGGUAGUUGAUUGCGGUAGAAGGGCACUAAGAAGAACUGGCAUAGGCAACAUUCUGAAAAGACCUCCUGUUUACUCACACCGACAUAGGAAAAACAUGCCAUCAAACUGAGCUCAUUUAUGGUUUACAUGAUGGCGCAGACACACACACACACACACACACACACACACACACACACACACACACACACACACACACACACACACACACACACACACACACACACAUCCUGCCGUUCAUUUUGGAUACAAGAAGGAAGCUUGGACUGACAGCAAGACGAGACCAGGGGGUAUAUUGAAGACGGGACUAAACCCUCCUCCCUCCCUCUUCCUCUACCUCCCUACCUCCCUACCUGGAGUGCGUUUCUCAACAGCGUCUUUGCCAACGGAAGUCAGCAACUUAAUUGGUUUGCUACGCAGUUUCCCACUGACAACCUGCGGAGUUGCUAACUGGUUAGCGGCGAUGCUUUCAAGAAACCGGUCACGUAACCGUGACAACCGACAACUUGGAAAGACUUUUUUUCCUUUUUAUGGAGUCCGCCCUUGAAACAAACAAUCAAACGAUCUAUCAAGCUAGCAGUCAUCUGUGUUGGAAAAACCUGCCACUUGUCCUUCCUGCCGUUUGCUAGUGUGUCUGUCUCUGUCGUCCGUCAGUCUGUCUCUCUGUGUCUGUCCGUCUCUGUGCCUGUCUCUCCUCCUACCAUCGUCCACUCUUUUUUUGGCUCUCUCUCAUUCGUGUGCUCCCCCUCCUCUCUCUCCCUCCUCCCCUCUUUUUCUCUCUCUCUCUGUCUCUCUCUCUCCUCUCUCUCUCCCUUUCUCCUCUCUCUCCCUCCUCCCUCAUCCCCUCUUCCUCUCUCUCUCUCCUCUCUCUCUCUCCCUCCUCCCUCAUCCCCUCUUCCUCUCUCUCUCCCUCUCUCUCUCUCCUCUCUCUCUCUCUCCCUCAUCCCCUCUCCCCUCCCUCUCUCUCUCUCUCUCCUCUCUCUCCUCUCUCUCUCUCUCCCCCCUCUCUCUCUCUCCUCUCUCUCUCUCCCUCCCUCAUCCCCUCUUCCUCUCUCUCCUCUCUCUCCUCUCUCUCUCCCUUUCUCCUCUCUCUCCCUCCUCCCUCAUCCCCUCUUCCUCUCUCUCCUC